UCUUUCGUGACUCGCCAGCAAGUCAGAAUCUUUCGGCAACCACGCUGGGGGCCAGCCAUAUUGUGACGUCAUCAUCCGGGACUCUGGGCUCUGAGCGCCACCAUCUUGCCAGUCGUGGUGAGCACCUGACGGAGGGCGACUGAGGAGAGUAGCGGUGGGGGGAUGAUGUAAGGCGCAAGGACGAUAUGCAUCGCUAUGUGGGUGUCCUUUUUGCCUUACUAGCUGCAAUACAUAAUCUUCAAGUCCUCGCUGCCGGAAAUAUAGGAUGCCUCUUUAGUGACACCCUUUGUGAGCAAGAACGCGAGUGGUGCUUCGACGACCAUGCGUUCGGCCACUGCCUGCCACACUAUGGCCACUACCGCGAGGAUGAUCUUCACAGAUAUGACCUGGGGUCAGACGAACUACGGCUCCUGGAGCAGGAGAUGCAGCGGCUCUUCCUCUUAGGAUACCGCUGGUCCCACAUCUACACCCAGUGUGUCCUGCAAGAACUUCUCCAUGCCAUCCGGCACAAGGCAGACUUUGAUUUAAGCAGCUGUAACGGAGAUGUGGACCAAGAUCUGGAAGGUGCGCUCAGAGCCAUUGAGGGAGAGGAACUGGUUGACCCGCGCGAUCUGGCCAUCGUCCGGUUCACACCCUCGGCUACUGACCCGCACUCGGACUUCGCGGACGAAGUUUACUUCCCCCCUAUAAAGGACCAUGAGAGUGAAGACCACCAAGAUGAUGAUGACCAGACGGAGGCAGGCGAUCACCAGGAGUCACCCACGAGUGAGCCAGGUGAGUCAUCCUCGGGAGGAACAGGCGGAGGAGGUAACAGUGCUGGAGAUUCUAACGGCUCUUCCUCCUCCUCCUCCUCCCUCCAACUUCCAUCCGCUGGGGGGCAUUGAUACAUUCCCCGCUAAUCCCCCCGGCCCUCCCAUGAGCGACGCCGCCGUCGGUGCCCCUUCAUCGUUUCGUGACCACCCGCCUCCCCCUCGUCCACCGUACGAUCCACGACAGCAGAACUAUAUUCGGG